GACAAUUUGGCUGCGAUAGAUCAGAGUGCUCAGCAGCACUACCCGCCCUCCUCCCCUUUUGUGAGCACAGAGCCUUAUAUGGCCGGUGCCGGCUGUCAUUGAGCCUCCUGAGGGUGGUGCUGAAGGGACAGCUCCCAUAGACAGGGAUAGAUAGGAGCCUCCGCUGGCCAGCACUUGGCUUCUAUGGACGGCCGCUGCAGCCAUGACCUGGAGGAGCUCCGCUGUACAAGGACAGCAGAGCCCUGAGAGCCAACCGACACCAUGAAGAGGCAAAACGUCCGGACCUUAGCCCUCAUCAUCUGCACCUUCACCUACCUGCUGGUCGGAGCUGCUGUCUUUGACGUCCUGGAGUCCGAUGAGGAGACCACCGAGAAGAAGAAGCUGGAGGACAAGAGGAAUGAGUUGCGGAGCAAAUAUAACCUGACAGAGGAAAACUACAGGGAGCUGGAAUGGGUGGUUAUAAAGCUCAAACCUCACAAGGCUGGAGUGCAAUGGACUUUUGCUGGAUCCUUCUACUUUGCCAUCACUGUGAUCACCACUAUAGGAUAUGGACAUGCUGCUCCCAGCACAGAUGGAGGCAAGGUCUUUUGCAUGUUCUAUGCUCUCCUGGGGAUUCCGCUGACUUUGGUCAUGUUUCAGAGCCUGGGUGAAAGGAUUAAUACCCUUGUAAGAUAUCUCCUCUACCGCAUCAAGAAGUGCCUUGGAAUGAGACGGGCUGAGGUUUCGAUGGCCAACAUGGUCAUUAUUGGAUUUUUUUCUUGCAUAAGCACGUUGUGCAUUGGCGCAGCUGCUUUUUCAUACUACGAGCAAUGGAGCUUUUUCCAUGCCUACUAUUACUGCUUUAUAACCCUCACCACCAUUGGGUUUGGAGACUAUGUGGCGCUCCAGAAGGAUGCAGCUCUACAAAACAAGCCACAGUAUGUUGCCUUUAGCUUUGUGUACAUAUUAACGGGACUUACAGUCAUAGGAGCAUUCCUAAAUUUGGUGGUCCUACGAUUCAUGACCAUGAACGCGGAGGAUGAAAAAAGGGAUGCCGAACAUCGAGCUCUGUUGAACCGAAAUGCCCCCUCCAGCAUACUCACCAAUGACACUAGUUCCUCCAGUGGUGGCUUUCGAAAUGUCUACGCUGAGGUUCUUCACUUCCAGUCCAUGUGUUCUUGUUUGUGGUAUAAGAGUAGAGAAAAACUACAGUACUCUAUUCCCAUGAUCAUACCUCGGGAUUUGUCCACAUCAGACAACUGCAUGGAGCAAAACUACCACUCACCCGGUAGAUACAUGGGCACGCCGUCCAAUGGAUGCAUUUGCAAUACCCAACAUUCAGCCAUUAGCUCAGUAUCAACGGGACUCCACAGUCUCUCUGCCUUUAGGGGACUUAUGAAGCGGAGAAGUUCUGUGUAACCUACAUUGAUCCAAAAAACAGACAUCUAUUAUACUGUAUAUUAAAACAAAUUUAUUUAAAGGGUAACUGCACCUGACACUGAAAAUUUGAAAGAACAAAAUUAUACCUCAGUGGAUCAAGCAGCAAGUUUUGUUAGUUGUAUAGCUCCCCACACUGUCAUCUGUGCCACUGCUUUUGCUCUUUGUUCUGGCAGGUUGAGAUUUCUGAACCCCCCAUUUGGAAUUGAAUAGAAGAUUAUGAAUUGGAAGUUCAUGGGAAGGGAAUUAUCUUGACUACAGCAUUUUGCCUGAAUUACAAAAGUAGGUUGUAGUGGUGGCAUCCAAGAGGACUAAGUAGGAUUGAUUCCUGCUGACAGACCUUGGCUUUAGAACUUCUGAGGUGUAGUAGCACACCAGUAGUGAUGAGAAAAUAUAUUUGCAAAUCAGGUAAAUUGCAGAUGUUUUGAUUUGCCUGAAUAUAAUAAAAUUAGUCUAGUCUGUGGAGGCACAUCCAGUUCAAGAUUAGCUGGAAGCUAAGCUUGCAUAAUUCUCAAUAGACUGGAUUUUCUCUAUUUGA